CGCCGCCGCCGCCGCGGUCUCUCUCCGACAAUAUAAUUUUCCCUUCGGCGCGCGUCCGCGGACUAACCGCCCGGACCCGACCGCGGCAGUCGGCAGUGGUCCGCGGCGUUUGACGGUUGAAAGUUUUCCGUGCGUCGUCCGCGUGUCUUAUCGUCGUCACAAUUUCAUUACUAUCGUUGUUAUCGCGUGUUGUUUACACCGCCGCCGGAUCCCGCGGUCGUUUUACGGGCCUUACUAUUCGCGCCCGCACGUCAUCCCUGCAUAUAAUAGGCCCGACCGGGCGCGUUCUCCCGGACCGCCGCGCGGUCCCGACAACAUGUGAACCCGGACCGUCUGCUCGGCGGCAAGCGGAUCAUCAUCACCCGUCACGACGAGGAUUUAUCGCCACGCGCGUUGCCGCCGAACCCGUUUGAACUUGUGCUGCUGCGCAACUCGGUAACCGCGCGAUUCACGUUGUAGAUAACAUGUAACUAUAUUAUUAUUAUUUUUGGUCGACCGCCCGACAUUGCGCGUGUCAGGUGCAGGGCCGGAUCGAGGGGGGGCCAGGGGCUUUGGGGGCUAUAUAGCCCCGGGUCGCAUGUUGAAAGGGGGGGCCACACAAUGUGUGUUUUUGCUGAUGUCUUUUUUUUUCUUUUCUCUUACUUAUUGGUCUUUAGCCCCGGACCCCAAUAACUGACAAUCCGGCCCUGCGUAGAUGGGAAAAAAGCGCGCUCGACAUCAGCGGCCGGUGUCCCCAAAACCCGGCUGCGAGGGUGUCAAUCCCCACCGGCCGUUUUAAAACAUAAACGAUUCGACGUUGCAAUACUCAAACAAAUUCGACCGAGUAUACGAAACGAUUUGUAGGUACUACACGAUUAUGAAUUUUUCAAAAAAAAAAAAAAGAACUCAAGAAUAAGGUUUACACGAUAACAUAACAGGUGUAUUUAUAUUUUGAAGUCGUUUAUUAUGUAUAAUUAUAUCGUUUGUUGUGUUUUGCACCCCCCCCCACCCCCCACCUCAGCUGCCAAUGGACUAAUCCGCGAGUACCUACGCCACUGUCUAAUUUAUUAUGCUAUCUACACGUUUUCAAUGCGAGUGCAUAUCGAUAAAAAAUUUACACAGACUGUUCAUAAUACUAUUAAAAAACUACGAGGAGAAACAUAUGUAAUUAUUUUUUCUGGAAUGCGGUUUAUGAUGAAUUCUUACGCUCCUAUUAUAGCAGGUACUACUAAACAUCUCGGUGCAUUUGCUUUCUAAAGAUCUUCUCGAGAAAACUAUGUUCGUUUAAUACAAUAAUAAAACAUUUUAUAUUGUAAUUUAUUAAGGAAUAUGGAUUUGUUAGUUAAUUUGUAGGUAUUAUUUUUAUUUCUAAUCAAAAAAAAAAGCUUUGUUAAUAAUUCGAUAAGUGGUACGUAAAUAAUAUUGUGCAAAUAUACUCGUACUUUCUUUAUAACUAUAAUAAUAUCAAUAGGACAUUCGUUUUUUUCCCAUAUACGUAUUCAAAUUUAAAUAAUUUAUCAUUUCAUUGAAGCAUUUUUACGUGACCCAAUCGUUCUGGUUUUCAUGAACACAUUGCACGAUCCUACAAUAUAAUAGUAGCUAAUACGUCUAGGUAACCGGUUCUGUAUUUUAGAUAAAAAAAAAAAAACCGUGCGUACAGAAUAUCCACUCUUAAGUGUUUCAAAUUUAAAUAUUUACCGUGAGAAAUAUGAUGGAGAUAUAUUAUGUAGAUUUAUAUACAAUCAUUGGUGUCCGCAAUAUAAAAAUCGAAACAAUUUUCAAAAAAAAAAAAAAACUGUACAUUUAAAUACCCGUACCUAUAUCUUGAAUAUUAAUUCGCAUUUAAUUAACUUGGUUUUUCGUAUAUGCAGUUCUCCGUGUUGUGAAUUGGAAGUUGAUGUGUGAUAAAAGGGUGUGGUAUAUAAACUCGAGAGUUUGGGGGGAGGGAAUUUUUUCUGAAUUGUCUAAAAUCGACAAUAAAUCCCCAAGAAACUUUGAUUGGUGUCCAGAAAAGAAAUCGAAAUAGUUUAUUGAUUCUAUGACAAACAAUUAUUAUUAUAAUAGUAUAAUAUAUUGUUUGAAAAAAAAAAAAUCGGUUUCAAGCCGAAUUGCGACAGGUGUUAUGAUCCAACGGUUUUCGAUUCGUCUAGAGGUAUGUAAUGUAUAUAUAAUGUACAAUUUAUGUAAAAACAAAAAUAAAAAACUGCCGAGACCACACGAAUAUUACGCGUAUAACGUAUAUUGUGUACUCGCCUUGAACGUAUUUUGACGGUUAAAAAACGGACAAACUGGGAGACACGUGUUCGGAUUAACUACCUAGCCGCGCGGACUCUCCAUCCGAUAAACUGUUUCCUGCAAUUAUGCUGUACUUCGUUAUUAUUAUUUAUUUACUUUUUUUUUUUUUUAUCGUGCCCACGUUUAUUAUAGGUAUUAUUAUUAUUAUUGUGUUAAUGACAUCAUUGUUCCACGUGUGCGGCCCGUCCGAUAUUACGAAUAACACUGCGCACGACAUUACCCCGGCCGGAUUUCGGUCAGACUCUGAAGUCUGAGGGGGCUAUACACUCUUGGCGCCAGGCCCUUUUGCCCGAAACAUUUUUUUUUUUUUUUUUCAUUCAAUGUAUAUUUUUAUUAUUGACGGAGGUGGUCAUAACAUUAACAGUAUAUGACAGUGUACCAAAAAGUAAUACGUAAGGACCUCGGCGGCGAAUUAUUGCCGAAAAGCGAUGUUCGGAAUAAAAAAAGCGCUUCUUUGUAACACCAAUAGCUUCUUCGCUAUAUUUAGAAUCCAAAAAAAAAAAAAAUAAAUAAAUAACGAAACAUUGUAGCCUCCUUCGUCUUGCGACAAGCGGGGCUACAGUUUCACCCUAAACCCAAAAGAGUUCAGAAUGUUAAUGAAUUAUAAUCACGGCCUCUGCAGAUAGUUGUGCUUUCACAUUAGUUAAAAGUAUAAUUUUUUGAUCCAAAGGAAUACUGUCCCCCUCCCCCCAGAAGAUGAAUGAAAUCCGCCACUGCCCACGUAUCUAGUUAGGUAUAUUUUCGGUAAUAAAUUACACUUAUUCAACUCUGUACUUAUAGGCACCUACCUGGCUGGUGUUCAUCGAUUUUUACGAAGAAUUUCGAAUCCUUAUACAUUAAUCGUUGGUUUCGUGGAUAAUAUUUUAUCGGGUUAGAAAGAAAACAGAUGAAAAAAAAAAAAACGACCAUAGAUUUUGUACGGAACACCCAACUUCGCCAACUGGUAUAGCCGGUAUUUCGAUACAUAUAGGUAGGUAGGUAUUAUAUACGUGCUUAGCAAUCGUUUUUUAUCGUCGGUUAUAAAAACUGAUUACUUUAGCACAUUUAUGGGCUUACUGCUUAGCAUUGUUUUUCUUUUUUUUUACAACUUAGAAAAAAACUACAAACUCUUGGUAAUAACAAUAAUAAUAUUACGAAAAUAGUCAUCGCGCGAAAUGUGCCGACCACGUCAGUUUUAUAUUGAGUUCCUUAAUCCUCGAGAGCGAUACAUUAUAUUUUAUUAUAUAUACAGACACAGUGAUAUACACAUACCUAUUUUUGUACUCGAGGUUUGGCUUAGUAAUACGAUAUUCCGAAUUCGGCCUAUACGAAACCCGAGCGAAACCUAAUCUAAAUUUGAUAUUAUUAGGAUUGUAUUCGGUUUUGAUUCCGUUAAAUAGGUUAACGGGUUUUCUCCAGUUUAAUGGUUCGUAUAUUAAUCGCAGCGAUGGCAAAGUGUUAUGGUAGUAUUAUAGGUGUCUGCAAAAACUAUACGAUAAUAUUUUAACCGACUUUCUUUGAAAUUUUCCCUUUUUUUUUUAGUUUCAUUUUAGAUUAACAAUGUAACGAAAAAUCUAAUACUAAGGACAUGUUUUUCUUCCUAGGAAAACGUGUUUCAUGUAUGUUGAAAAUCGCGGAUUUUUCGCCCGAUUUGAACAAAAAAUGUUUUAGAUUAAAAACAGUUUUUUUUUUUUUUCUAAAAGUUCAAAAACCAACAACAAUUGAGACGAUACAUCGGUUUUGAUUUCAUUCAUUUCUGGAAUACCUUGGUUAAAAAGAGAAAAAACACGACUAAUAACCUUAUUUUUAGUAUACGGAGUUCAGCUUGCAAUCGUUUUUUGAUGGCAAUAAUUUAUCGUUACUUUCAAUAUACUUACUUAUAUUAAUUAUAUAAAGGAAAUUUUUACCUUUCAAAUUUUUCACCUACAAUAACAGUGGAAACAGUUUACAACAGUGGCCCAUCCAGGGUGUGAAGUGUGUCCGGUUGUUUUUGAUAGUUAUUAUCCUGGUCAUUAUUAUACUCAUUGAGUACCUAUAUAAUGCAUAAUAUUAUGUAUACCUACUCAUAAAAAAAAAAAAGUUAUUUUUAAUCGAAAAUUUUUUUUUCACAUAAUAAGCACAACGUGUUUUAGUUUAAUUUUAAUACCAUAUUAUAGUUCAUCUCUUAUACGUGCUUAUUCUAUUGUUAUGGGUGAACAACGUAAAUUAUGAUUAGUUGUAUUAUUAUUGGACACGAUUAUUAUUUGUUUGCAAUUAUUAUACCUACCUACUUCAGCAGUUCAACAAUGGUUUUUUAAUAAUUACUAUAAACCGUUAAAACAAAAAAACAAAUAAACACGCUGCUAAAGUAAAUAUGGCCAUUUAUACACGAGCCGAUUAUUUUGAUAUUUUUGGAAUGAAAAAUGAACUUUAAUUGUGAUUAAUUGAUUACGCUGAACACAUGGAUGAAAUUAACCGUUUUUUAUAUUAUAUAAUUUGGUUUUCACCGAGGUUGUCACAGACAAAUCAGUCCCCUUUUUAAUAGACAAAAUACCGGACAACAACAAUUUACUGCGAUAGGGAUAAAGAUGAACCCGGAAAAUACCAAAUAAUUUAGCUUAGUUAAAAUAUAAAUAGCAAACUAAAAAUUUUCAUUGAAAAAAAUAUACAAUAUACCUAUUUUCUAUGUUUAAAAUUAAAUAAAUUAAUGCCAAUUAUCCAUUAAAAAAAAUGAUGCAUCGAGUUCAAAAUGUGUGUAUUCGAUUUGUACUUAUAGGUACCUAUUGUUAAGCACUCGGAUGUUUCUAUCAUAAUAAAAAGUUUGGAACAUUUUUAGGCAUUGUUAAGCAGUUUGAUUCGUCAUCAGCAUACGUGAUGACUGAUGAUAAACAAAAUCUUUACGUCAAGUCAUUAAAGAAAUAUGAAACAUAAUAUUCUUUAAAUCUAAACAAUUGUGCAAAUCAUAAUAUCCUUAGAUAGUUAGAUAGGUAUUUUAUUCGCUUUAAACCGUUGAUACGUUUUAACGUGACUCCGUUUGUGUCUAUAAAUCAUUAGCAAAGAAAAUAUGGUUUAAAAUAAAAUUUAAUUCAAUAAUUCAUUGUAAAUCGCAUAUAACACCAACAAAUUUUUUUUAAAAAAAUGGACUUAUCUAAUUAUAUUUUGUUUCUAGUGUAAUAAUAAUAUUAUACUUAUAGUUGUAGAAAUGAUAAAAGCAAUAAUUCUAGUUUGCGUCCCACGAAACUUAUAGUUAUAAAAAAAUUGUCUAUACAAUAUUAUGUAUUAUAUAUCUAUCAAUAAUACACUAUACCUACCUGUUUCAUUUUUGUUAAAAAAUCUAACCUUAAAAUAAUAACGCUUUCAAUAAUACAUUAUAUUAGCCACCUACUUGACUAACACUUAAGAAACUAAAAAAAUACGAAAGUCUUUAUUGUUUUUGCCAGUUGGCCAGCUCAUUUUAUAAUCAAUAUGUAAUUUAACAUCAAAUAAAACCUUUAACAAUGUUGGGUUUAAAUUUGAAUGCUACUAUAAAACUGUACCUUUACAUAUUAUUCGCUAAAAUGUAAUAAUGCUAUGUUAAAAUACAUAACUAAUGUUUAUUAUUGUAUAACUUUAAAUAUUAGCACGUUAAAUUAACACAGAUGAUGUAUUGAAAAAAAAGAACUGUGCAAAUAAGUACAAAUAUAUAAGCGUUACCCAAGGUUUGGGCCGUUUCUUUGUUUUAUUUCAUAUUUCAAGAUACAAUAUAUUUAUAUUCAUACAUUAUAGAUUCUGAGUGGAGUGAAGAAGCUUACGAUUUUACAAAGAUGUUUAUUUUUUAUUAUUUUUUUUUUAUCUAUGGACAACUAAUUUAUAAAAUAAAUCUUGCUCGGAUUUUUAAGUUUAGCGCCUUUUCUCAAAGAAAAUCGGACUGGGGAGGUACUUUAAGGAGGUCAUUUUUCGAUUGUUUCAGGAUUUUUCUCAUCGAAUGUGAUAAACUAAGGAAAACGGGAAAAUGUAUGAAAUAUACUAAUAAAAUAUUAUGGUUUUUUUUUUCUUUGGACAACUUUUCUACCAAACAUUUUUUUUUAGCUUUUUCCGACUUUCUUCAACUACACUGCGUACUUACUCAAAUAAUUGCAACAAAAUCAUUUUAUUCACGAAAUAUAGUCUAAAAAUGUAUUAUAUAGAUUUAAUAAAUUAAAAUAAUAAUACAAUUGUAAAAUGUUUAGUGUACCUACCUACCAGAGUAAAAGUUUUGUUAUUGAUCGUUUUUUUGUAUGAAUAAUAAUUCAAGUUCAAAACGAUAUAAACAACUCAAGGGCAUUAGAGGGAAAGAGUUGUUUUCAAAGUAACUUUCAGGAUAAAUAUAAUAAACAGUUCAUAAUAAGAUAUACGUGCAUAUUGUAAUAAAUAUGUAGUCCUUGAAAAUAAAAAGUAAAAAAAAAGUGAAACUUUAGAUAGUUGCUAUACACAAAGUAACAAAAAUAAUCGUUUGGUUUAAUAUUAUAAUGGUUUUUAGAUUUUGAGCGCUAUAUUAGUUUUACUAUGAUGUGUUUUAUCUUUUCUAUGUGUAAAUUUUUCUACAUUCCACCAAUCUUCAUGUGUAGCAUAUUUUCUGAAUGCAAAUUUUGUCGAGUUGGUUCAUUAGUGAGGUCGUCUUCCGAUUUUUCUUGUAGUUUUCUUGAUAAUUGAUGGGAAAUACCAAGGAAAACGUAGACAAAAUAGGAACAUUAACGCAAUAAAUUGUAUAAAUUAUAAACUAUUGCUUGUUAAAUCGAAUUUAUUAAUAUAUUUUUCAGUGUUUGUCUUAUAUAAUAUUGCACGUGCGUUGUUUAUUAAUGCGACUUCAUAUUCAUUUUAUUCUUACCAUAACUAUAUUAUUAUAAUAUUAUUAAGACCACGCUGUAUCGCAGGUGGCACCCUAUACAAUACAUAUGCCAGACAAUUCACCUGUUCAACGAAAAAUAAACGGUCUCUAUUUGAAUUUUAAAUGGAACGAGAAAGAGUUUAGCCGUUUGUUAUUAUUAGUGUUUAUUGCAGGUUGACUGCGGGUUAGUGUUGUUAUUAUGGUUCGAAUUAAAUGUAUUUCGAUAAUGAUUUUUGGACUAAAACCGUUUAAUAAAUUCAACCUAUUUAUAGAAAAUUCAACCAAUUACCUGUCUAUUUUGUACGCGAUAUUAUUUUUAUAACCUGGACGACUAAUUCAAGUUCCAAUUGACGAUUGAUUCGGUACUCGCUUGUAUAUUUUGUUAUUAAUACGCCGUGAUUACGUGUCUCUAUGCGGUUACUGUAUGACUAGUAUCUAAUACGUUUAUUUACACUUUGUAUAAUAAUAUUAUCAUAAUAGGUGUCGUUAAAUGCUAUUAUAAUGUUCCAGUUUCCGGUUUCAAAAAAACCAGUUUCCAUCCGGAUUCUCUGUAUCCGGACGAUGCCGGGAUUAUUACCCGAAUUUAUUUUUGAUGCGAAGGAUUAUAUUAUUUUCGAUUUAACUUAUUGGUUUUUUCUUUUCUUUUUUUCUAGUCGCGAGAAGUGUUUACGGCGUUGAAUGCGGCGAUAUGGAGGCGGCAGACAUUUUACCGAUUCUACAGGAGCGCGUUGCUACCGUACCCGGAGGCCGAGACCUGGACGGCAGACCAUUGGUCGUGGUUGGCGUGCAGCCCUGGAUCAACGGCCAUUUGGACACUACGCUAAGAUACUAUUCGUCCCUGUUCAGGUACUACGUUAUACAUUAUACACACUGCAUUACUGCAGUGGUUUAAGUGGGAAAAACUUCGAGGGGAGGACUAUACUUACCAACAGUCGGCGGGCGUCCCCGAGAACUGACUUGACCCCAUCAAACUUUAGGAAACCAAUCGUGGAGACAAGACGUCAAAAAUAUUAUUCUCCCACGCACAUUUGCUCAUACAAAUUGCACGCUAAUAGCGUUUGCAAAUAAACGGCACAUCUCUCCCCAAACUAUCCUGCACAUAAUACGCCUGAUCAAUAAAAAUAAAGUAGAACGUGUAGUCUGCAGACUAUAUAUAGUACGUAUUCAAAAAUGCGUAACUACCUUAACUACUAAGUAUAGACUAUUAGUACAUCAUAUUGUAUCACCAUAAGCAGCUAUAAUAUGUAUCAGUAUUACCUAGGUAGAAUUCAUAAAAUAAAUCUCAAAUUUCGAGUGUGGGGGGAUUAUUACCCUUCAUAUUUUUAAAAAUAUCGUACGUAAUAUGAUCAGUAGUGCUGAAGUCCUAAAAAUGUAGUCGGAUGAAAUAUAUUUCAAGAGGCCCCAUCACUAAAUACAGUUAAAUUUGUAUCCAAAAUAAUGAGUAGAAUAGGUUUUUAUUUCUGUAAUGAAGUAGUCAAUAUUCAUUAAUUUUGCAACCAAGCUUUCUCUCAAAAUGAAGGGACCAUUUGCUUAUAUGCUAAAUUUAAAAAAAAAUGUCUGGCCAUGGCUUGACCUUAACAUCGAGUUCGGUGCCAUUUAAUAUGAUUAUAAGCUACACAAUUUUAGUUGGCUCAGUUUGAUAUUGAAUCAAUAGAAAAAGGCAAACAAAUGUAUAUUGUAAUACAGUUUAUAAAAUUAUUAUAUUGCUACGGUAAUAAAAUAAAUUAAUAACCGGCCGCGUAAUUAGUAUACAUUGGUAAACUAGAUUUGAAGGUUUUAGAGAGAUUUAAAAAAAACGAAACGAACAAAACUUAAAAGGAUUGAAAAUGAAGUAGGUAAUCAUAACGAUAUUUUCAAGUAUACAAGUAUUCUAGAAAAUAAAAUAUUUUUAUUUUGUCAUUUUGAUAACAUUAAUAUAAUUAACUUUAUUACCUCUGAGUAAAUUUUCUUUUUCUAAUACGUUUGAGAAAUCAAGAAGCCAUAAUAUUUAUCUAACGUACCCGAGACCAUAAAAGGUUAAAUAAUCCAUUAAAAAAAAAACUUCACUGCCAACAUUGGAAUACGAUAUAAAUAUGAUUUAUAUAAUUUAUUUAUUAAAAAAAAAAGCUGGUUUAUUUCCAAAAACACAACCUAACGUUAACAGAAUUAAUUGUUUGAAAAUAAAGAAAAUAUUUUAAAAUAAUAGUUUGAUCCUUGGUAGGAAAGUAUAUAGGUAGGUUGAUCACGAUUCAUAGGAUUCAUUCACCGACUUUCAGACGAAUAACUAAUAGCUUUAGACAGUGACGUGCCCAGGAAUGGGUGGGGAUUUACAGUAUUAAUAAUAAUUAUUAUUAAUACGCAUUUCAAGGUAGAAUCUUUUUCUAUAUCUAACUCGACAACGGGAGUUCAAAAACCGGAUACAAAAAAGCCAAUUGCUGGUCAAUAAAUCAAGUUUUUCCUUGUAAUUUUUGAAAUGAUAUAAUAUAUACAUUUCAAGAUUUAAAUUACUAAAUGUCUACUUCCCCUCUUCCUUUUCACGCCACUUUCUUUAACGGGUCAUUGGCCAUUGUCAAUAGUUUGAUCCGUGUUUUAAAUACUUCGCACGUGGGUGCAGUCACUGUUGUAGGUGGGAAGUUGGGCAGAUAGGAUACAGACGAGAAUUUAAUGUAUAUCUAAGUAACGAUAAACCAUUGCUAACGAAAAACGAUUCUGAGUGGAGUUCAUUUGAUAGUGUUGCUUUGUUAACAAUAUAUAUGUCAUAUUAUAGUAAAAUAAAAUGGCAAAAUAAAGUUAUUUAACAUAAACAUGUAAUUUCUGCAUAAUAUCUGGAUUUCAAAAAGCUAUGUUUUUUCGAAACUUAGAAAAAAAAAAUGAAAAAUUAGAUUUGUUCCACUUAACUUUUUACUCAAACAAUUUUCGUCAAAAUGUAGUAUUGAAAUCCCUUUAUAAAAAAAAAUACUGCAUUAAACUCAAUUUUUUUUUUUUACUACAAAGUAGGAUUUAAUGAACCUCCUGUUAAAUUUGUAACCAUUUCUGUUAAAUCUUAACAAUUUUACCACAGAGUACCUACCGAUUAAAAAUUAUGUACAAAACUCGCAAAAUUAAAAUGUCUAUAAAUAGCUCAAAAAUGCCUUACAUUUUUUGAAAAUUUUACUACGUCUAGAAAAAACAAAUAUAAGUUUUCUAUCCAAAUUUCAAGUCUACCAAUAUUUUUAACUGAAUUACAACAAAUAACAAAAUUGAUAAAAUAAUAAAAGCAUUAAUUUCGUAUAUUUCCCGUUUUUUUUUUUACGUUUUAUCCUGGUUUUUCUCAGAUAUUAUGAAAACCGCUUAGAAAAUCAAAAAAUGACCUCUUAAAAGUACCAUCUGGACAUCAUUCUCUUUUAGAAAUAGUGCCGCGCGUAUAUAUCUGAGCAAGAUUUAUGGUCGAACUUUUGAAUACAAUUUAAAAAAAAAUUAAUAUCAUAGUAAAACCAAUACAUUCUUCGUUACACUCAGAAUCUAAAAUUUUUACACGCUAUAUUUUAUCAAAAUGCAUAUUUCUGAGUAUUUGUUCAUAAUAUAAAUGUGUUUUUCAAACAAUUUAUAAUUUGAAUUCAAACUACAACCUCAUUGUGGAGAGAAAGUUACCGGGUUUUUGGUGUAUAUGCACGCGGUGACAUUAACUUGAACAAUAUUUACAGCGGGUAAAGGUUACACACUUCCGCAAUCGUCGUGAAUAAAUUCCAUUUAAUGCAACGAUGAUCACUUUUAGUCUCAUAUGUUUUGUGAAUAGAAUAAAAUAAAACAUAAUUUCCGGAGUAAAGUAUAAUCAUAAAAGCAGUCUCACGUAUUUUGUAUUUAACGUGGCAUUGUUUUUGUUUUUAAGACAUAUUUUAUCGUAAAUUAACCUACCUAUGUUAGUUGUAAAAAAAAAAAAAAAAAAAAUACAUCCAAUAACCCCAUUACAUAUUAUCAUAGCUAUUAUAAUAUUAUAUCCGUAUAUUUUACAAUUUUAUAAUUUAAACGAGUGUCGUAAUGAUAGACGACAAUUUAUUAUUAUAAUGCCAGUAUAGUUUUGUUGAAAGUAAAACUAAAUUUCGAAAGAUCAUAUCAAACGAAUAAAUUAUAAAUCUAUUUGGGCACGAGUACAAUUGAAUAUGUAUUGGUACUUACGUAAUUCAAUUAUGAAUUCAUUUAUUUUUUUACAGCGGUUAUUUAUAUUGUUCGUACUGCAUGAACGUGAGGUAUACCUAUAAUGUUUGUAACUUUAAAAUUAUUUAAUAAUUCAAAAAUGAUAAGUUGAAGAUACAGACCCGUUACAAAAUUGAAAGUAUUUUCGAACUGUCCAAUGAGGCAGGAACAAAUAGAUUUUUUUUAGAUCAAGUCAGUCUCGUAGAAACAAUAAGAAAGAAAGUGGAACUUUUCAAAAGUAAAACAUAUUAAUUCUGUAAUUAUAAUUUAUGGUUGUACAAAAAUACAAGGAGUACGACGGAAAUAAAAACACUUCCAUGUUACAAACCUAUUGUAACUGACUUUCUUUGGUUAUAUACGAUUAGGUUUUGAAAGUAUAUCACAUGUAAUUUGUUUUUUUAUUAUUAAAUGGGUACCAUAUUAUGAUUGAUUUAAAACUAUAAUUUAAAACCAAAUGUAAUACAUUACUUUUUCUAUUAGAUUUAUGAAUUGUGUUUGAAGUUUCAACAAAAUUGCUAUUCUCUUCAAUCAAAUAAAAUUAUUAAUAUCUUUUUAAUACCAUAAAAUUCUAAAGUACUUACUUAAUUAUAACAUAUACAAUUUCGUAAAAAUCUGUCUUGUCUGAUAAGAAAAAAAAACCCAGAAUAUUUCAAUAGUCUGUUGACCUACAAUAUAAAUUUAAGACAGUAGCCCACCUGGCGAGAAAAUAACAACACUUUUUCUUUGUUUUCAAUUUAUAUAAUUUAAAUCUUUGGAUAUAAUAGGGUUUUAUAAUGUAUUCUUUGAUGCUGUUUUCAUUUUAAUAUUAUAAUAAUGCAGGUAUCUAUGUGCAAUAACCUCUUACAUUAUUAUGUGUUAUAAUAAUACACCUGAAUUCAUUAAUAUUUAAAGACACACCUUUAAAAAAAAAAAUUGAAUUUAAUAAGAAAAAAACAGUUGUAAAGUAUUUAUUGGAAGAAUUAAAUUUAUAAAGCAUAUAUAGGGUUUUAUUUUUUUUACGGAUUAUUAUUAUAUAGGUACAUUGCAGACCAGGAAUAACGAUAAAAUUGUAUUGAUGUUUAAUAAAACUCGCUCAUAUAUUUUAUUCUCAGAGUUAUUUAAUAUAUUCAAACAACAUUAAGACUAAGCUUACGCAAACAUAAUUGUCACGAUUAUGCCGGACACGUCCGAGGUUUUUAAAAUGUCCUAAAUAUUGUAUUAAAUUACAAUAGGAUAAAUUUUGAUUUUAUAGACUAACGAUUAUCUAUUAAUAAUAUAUGGAUUAUAUAUGUUUAAAUUUAAAAAUAAAAAUGUAAAAUAAUUUGUUUUCUUCACUUGCCUACCUACAAAAUAUUAAUCGACAGAUAGGUACCUUAAAUUGAUAGAUUAAUACCUACUUCAAUUUUGAUUAAGCUAAUGAAAGUUCAAUAUUGUUAUUGCAUAAAAAAUAUUAAAUAAUUUCUCGAGUUAACUUAAUUUCUUUUUACACACCAAAGAGUAUUAAACCAAAAUAAACUAAUAAAAAUUAGUUUACAUAAGGAAUAAAUUUUAUUUAAAAAAAACAAGAGUGUGCCACGGUUGUAGGUGAGAAGUUGGUAAGGGGAAAUUGAAUUUAAAUCUGUACACAACGAUUAAUCAUUGCUAACGAAAAACGAUUCUGAGCGGAGUUCGGUUAUACAUGUUUUUUGAAAUAUUGUUUUGUUUUCUUAUACAUAUAUACGAUUUGAAAAUUAUACAAUUCGUAAAUUUUCUCGUUUUUUCCCGGUUUUUGCGCUCAGAAUCUAAAAUAACAUAGUAUCUAUAAAAAAUGAAAUAUGUACUUACCUAAUGUUAAUAUAAUUUUUUUCUAUGCAUAAUUUAUAGUCCGGAAACGAGACAGACGGGUUUGUGCGUCGUACUCGAUGCUCAGCGGAGUACGUGGAAGAUGACCAAAAGCGUUAUGCACAAAGUGUUUGAAAUCUUAGACGUGAACAUUGCGGCAAUGCUAAUCGUCAAAUUGGACGUGUUUUGGGAUAAGCAGCGUGUCGAAAACUGUACAAAAUCUAGAACUGAAGGAGAGGUAUAAAUUAAAUAAUAUUGUUCUAUGUUUAAUGAGUAAUCAAAAUUAAUUUCACUGAUUAUAUGGGAAUAUAUUAUACAUUAAGGUUACCCAAUUUUAAAAUUCACGUAUAGUCCAAAUUAUGCAACCGAUGACUUAUGUUAGACCACUUUGUAAAUUUAAAAAUAUCAUAUCAAAAGUGAAACAUUGUAGUUUGCGUAUUGUUUCAAUGCAAAUUUAAAUCAAUAAGCCUAGUUCGUUAUAAAAUGAAAAAGUGUACAGUUUGGUCCAACAUAAGCGAUUCUCCUCUAUUUGUUCGUCCGCGUGCUUAUACCUAAUAUGUGUCUACACAGCCCAUUUUCGUGCCGUUGUCGAGAAUUCAUAAGUAUGUGUCGCAAGAUCAAUUGCCAGUGGAUUUAGGCGGACUUUGGACCUACAACCACGACCAAUGGAUCCACAACCGCGUAGUGAGUAAAAAACGCAUAAUAACAUUAUUAUAAUAUGUAAACCUAACCAUUAUGUCGGCAAUGAUUUUUCGGACGUCUAUUAUGUUAUAGAGGGUCGAAGAGUUCAUCAAAAGUUCGGAAAACGCCGUGUCCGAUAUGGAGAAACUGAGGCAGCACCUGACGAACAAUCAAGACUUACUCAAACACAGCACGGCCGACAUUGUGCUGACCGUGUCCGGCGAGAAGUUCAACGUCGUCAUAGAUCACGUGAAAAAAGUGUCUCAAGCCGGACAGAUGGUGUGCCAGCGGAUCGACAAAAUGUACGCGGAUCAAGGUCAACCGUUCCCGCAGGAUGUUCUGGACACCAAAGAAGCACUCGACCGGUACACGAGAAUCGUUCACGAUAAAAUGAUGGUGGUCGUCGAUUGUUGGAACGGCGUACAGAAAAAAGUCGACAGUAUUAAGGUAUAAUAAUUUUAUUUAUGUUGUAUUAUUACUUUUUUUUUUUUUGACGUUAAUUUAUUCAUUUUUUGUUUUAAAUUUAGGAGAUGCGAUAUUUAGAACAAGGCAUCAAACACGUGGUCAAUUGGAUUCUGGGGCCGGGCGAGGAGAUGUUAAACGGUAAACAACAAGUAGGCUACGAUAUUGUUUCUGCCGAAGAAUACAAACGAAAUCACGAAGCGUUUGAACUUCAAUGCCGGGUAAGAGCCCAUCAAUACUAUUUUUCAUCGAAAACUUCUCGAUAUUAUGUUAUAAAAUGAUUAAGUAUAUAAUUGAUAUUGUUCAUAAAAAAAAGGAUACAUAUGGUCAUUAUGCCGAAUUACUGCAUAAAAUCAAUAAUCUCUUCGUUUCGAACUCUCAAUGUUACAAAGAUCUGUUGUCCCAGCGAGAUUUCAUGGAUUUUGUGUGCCGAAGUUUUGCAACACGGUUGGAACGAAGAAGAAAUUUACUAAUAACUUCCGCCCGAUUUUUUCGAUUGGUCGCAGAGGUUAAAUUUUAUUUUAAAUAUGCUAUUAGUUAGUUUUGCAGUUCUUAUAAUAUUAGAUGAACUUUUUUGUGUAGUAUUUUCAAACUACAAGUGACGUUUACGAAACAUUGGUAAUGGGUACUGAUAUCGAAGCUUUAGAGUCGGCCGACAGCACUUUGUUACAGUUAAAAGACCAGCAAGAAAAUAUUGGUAGGUAUCUUGUUUGAACUAUUUAUUUUUUGUUUUUUAUUAAAAUUAAUUUAAUUUAAUUUUGCAAUAUUUUUUCAGAAAAAAUCGAAAGAGAUCUAGUAAAAGAAGGUGAAAAAUUAUCUGACAUGUUAUCGAUGCCUGUUAAAAAUGCUAUGGGUGUCGUAUUAAGCGUUGAUUAUGAAGCAGAUAUUGUAAACGUAUCUGAAAUUUUAGAAAUGACGAAGGCUAGGUGUCAAUUGUUUUGUGAUAGUGUGGAACUGCAAAGAUUGACGUUGCAACAGGUUUCAUAUGUACUAAACUACGAAACUGAUGCUUCACAAGUAAUAUACAUGUUUUAGUUGAAUUACAUAGUAAAGUAAAGAAAUUAAAAAUGUGAAAGUUGAUAGAUUUUAAAAAAUCAAAAAAUGUAUGUGUAACAUUGUUUAUGUUUGUUUUGUUUUUUAGAUUUAUUAUUAAUAGUAUUAUUUGUAUAGGCAAUCCAGUGGUUAGAAGACUUGUAUCAUGUUCUGCUCAAAUCACAUUAUCAUGUAGGAUCAAAUGCAGAAGAAAUACAAGCUCAAAAAGAAGAACACCAAUCAUUCCAAGAAACUGCAAAAGUAAUGCAUUAAUUAAUGAUAUUUCCAAAAUCUCACUCAAUUUAAAUCCAUUGAUGAAAUUAUAUUUGUUUAGGGUACGUAUGAUUAUGGUUGCCAGUUGUUAAAUGCCGCACUAGCCUUACGGCAAUCUUGUAAAUUGACUGAAACAAGAAACUCUACAUUAGCCAAUAGUCUGUGGCAAUCUUGGAAACAGCUCGAUGACAUAAGUCAAGAGCAAUUAACCCGAUUACGAGUGUCUACCGUUUAUCAUAGAAAUGUUGAUAAGGUAUAAAAACCAAUGUACCAAAAAUUAUAAAUAAAAAAUGUGUCGUAUUAAUCUGAUGAUUAUUUUGUUGUACAUAGUAUUGUGGACAACUUAGAGAAUUAAUGGAAACUGUGCAAACUAUUCAGGACGAAAACAAUAAUAAUACCACAAAGCACAAAGGUCGAUUGCGUAAAUGUCUGGUGUCUCGAGAAAAAAUUCUGUUGGAAGUUGGACGGACUGUUCGUCUCGGGCGCAUGCUCAAAACUAGGCUUCGUGAACCUCUUUGCGUUCAACAAAAGUGAAUUAAUAUACUUUAAAACAAGAUUUGAACAAUUGUGUAUCCGAAAACGUUUUGAUAUUCUACUAAUGUGCAUAAUUUGCUGUUUCAGGAAUGAAGAUGUACGAUACCUUAAUGAGAGCGCUGUGGAUUCGGUUUGUCAAAAAUUAUCUGUAGUCACUGAACUAGCUGAACAGUUAGACUUCACUUUGUCUGGAUUAGCCCAGAGUACCAUUACACACGUGCUAGAUGAUUCCAGUGGAAAUGUUACUCAGGCGAGUUUCUCAAUUUUUUUUUCUUUUGAAUAUAAAAUGAUUUAAAUCUUUCCAAUAUUAACUGAAUUGUGUAUUAUUGUACUGCAGGAGUGGUACAUAAAUUUGAACAAAUCGAAUGAUAAUAAAGACUCAUCGUCAUCAGUGGUAAUUAAAAUGGAAGAGAAUAACAAUUGUAGUAGUCGAUCGGAUGCUGAAGACUUUGUGACGGCUUCCGAUUGUACCGGUACACCACCGUCCAGGUCGUCUUCUUAUCAUACUCCGUCUGAAGGAGAAGCUACUUCCAAUUCCCCGUGGUGGGAACUUGAUACUACCAUCGAUGCGGAAACCACUAUGGACAGCUCAAAGUGUUUGCAACUGACUGAUGAAUCUCAACAGGUAAUUAAGGAUAUUAAAAAUAUGUUUGCCUAAUUAAUUUUGUAUUAAAUUGUUAUUUCUUAUAAAUUUAUAGGAUAUUGAAGUGAAAACGGAACAUGAAGAAAAUGAUUCAUCAGAAUUGUCCAUUACAAGCGAUCAACUUCACAAGUCUGACGAUUUCGAUUGUAAAGAUGAGAGCUUGCAGUCGAUCUCAAAUGAACAAGUGAGCAGUGGGGAAGAAAAAGAUGAAAUUGUUAUUUUACAAGGUCCCAAUUACGAGCCUGAAACCAAUAAUAAUGAUUGUACAUUUUAUAAACAGAGCAUAACCAAACAGGCUUUAGCUGGUGUGUUCUAAAGGACUUUUAUAUGAUUUAUGUUUUAAUCUUAUAUUUUUAACGCACCAACAAGACUGGUACGAGACAUAAAUGUCUUAUUUUUAAUUAUGUUUAAGAUAGAAUAUUAUUACAAUUGUAUUUUAUAUUUUUAUGUAAAUUUUUUUUUUGUUAUUUAGUUUAACGAAUCAAGUAUAUACUACCAUAACGAGUCAAUGCAAAGUUGUUUAAUACUAUAUUAAAUUGAUUUUUAUCAAUUAAUAUUAUUUUUGUGUAUCUUCCUAUAUAUUAAGUAUUUUUGUAUUUCAUGAUUAUUAUUUCAAUAAAUAUAAAUAUGUGUUAAAUAAUUUAUUUCAACUGUAGAAAUCAAUAUAAAUCAAUUAUACAAUUCAUUAUGUAUUUUCUUAUUUUGUAUUUAUUUAUAAAAAAUGGCUAGUUCGACAAUAAUAGG